CAGUCAGUGUGCCUCUUGACAUUUUUGUCUAUACUUCUUGGUGUUACCUAUGGGCAGCUCGUACUGUUUACGUUUGAAGAAGUGUUCUAAAAGUGCAGACUGUUUUAAGAACACUUGUUGUGUUCAGGUCCUGGACUCUACAUUUGCCAAACCGAAUUUAAAACCCCAGUGCUACUAUGACAGUAUGUAUGGCCCAUAUAAAGGAUUUAGCCCUAGAAGCAGUUAUGGCAACAGUGAUAGCUACAGCUAUGACCACAUCUAUAGUAACAAUAAAGCAAAUGACAUUUCGUCGGAGUCGUUGAGUUCAAUCAACGAAGGCUAUUGUCUACAAGCGUCUACGUCAGUUUGUUUUAGACUUAUCGGUGGAGAUGUUCCAGCGUCACCAUGCCCUUGUGCAUUAGAAACCCAAGUCUGCACGUUGACUAUAGAACCUUUCCCUAUUGCUUUUGUAAGUGCUCUCCAAUUAUCUCUCUUACAAGCCAUCCGCUGCCCUGCCAGAGAAUGCUACCAGUUACUUUCCUCUAUGCCAGUAAGGGCAUCUUUAUGGCGCUUACUGGGGGCACUUCUGUAA